AUGUCACGCGUACCAAGCAGCAACUUUUCAGACGGCCUCAGUGUGAAGUCGCUCGACGAUGCAGAAAAGGGACUGGCCGAGUUACCCGCACCUCCUGGCUUCGUAUACAUGGAUCCCAAAAAGUGCCUUGCCACGGCAUCUUCAGUCUCCCUCUCGUCGAUACCCCACGGAAUAACACCAACUCAGAGCGUACCAGAGCUGUCUCUGACACUACUACCGGGAGAGAAGCCAACAGAUGCGUCGGCACUCGAAACCACAGUCAAGGAGCCGCCCAAGGACAAGCCACAAAAGCCAAAGAUCAGCCGUUGGGUUCUGUUCAACCUCUGGUUCAACACAUACCGCAAGUUCUUCAUAUUCGUUACCGUCCUGAACCUCGUGGGCAUCAUCUUGGCGGCAUGCAAUAUCUUCCACUACGCAGAGAACCAUCUCGGAGCUCUGGUGCUGGGAAAUCUGCUUUGUGCAAUCCUCAUGCGUAAUGAGUUGUUUCUGCGCAUUUUGUACAUGAUUGCCAUACAUGGUUUGAGUUGGACACCGAUACCCGUCAAACUAGCCAUUGUAUCCAUACUGCAGCAUGUUGGCGGUAUUCACUCUGGAUGCGCCCUAUCUGGUGCAGCAUGGCUCGUCUACAAGAUUGUCGACAUUAUUAGGUAUCACGCUGUGCAGCACCCUGCUGUUAUCGUCAGCGGAAUCAUCACAAACAUCUUUAUCAUCAUCUCCAUCAUAAGUGCCUUCCCGUGGGUACGAAAUACCUACCACAACGUUUUCGAAAGACACCACCGUUUCGUGGGCUGGCUCGGCCUUGCAAUGACCUGGGUUUUUGUGAUCUUGGGCAACACAUACGACAUCAAGCGUGGCGAGUGGCGAUCGGACUCGCAUACCCUCCUCGAUUCACAAGAGCUCUGGUUCGCUGUGUUUAUGACUAUUUUUGUCCUGAUUCCGUGGCUUACGCUGCGCGAGGUGCCUGUCGAAGUGGAGAUUCCGUCACCCAAGGUCGCUGUGCUCAAGUUUGAGCGCGGGAUGCAGCAGGGCCUUCUGGGGCGCAUCAGCCGCACAUCCGUCAUGGAAUACCACGCUUUUGGCAUCAUCAGUGAGGGCCGCAAGUCGGGCUGUCACUACAUGAUUUGUGGCGUGCAGGGAGACUUCACCAAAGGGCUCGUGGCCAACCCGCCAAAGACGGUGUGGACGCGGCAACUCAAAUUCGCGGGACCCGGCCAUGCCUCAGCCAUGUUUCAACGCGGAAUCCGUAUCUGCACAGGCACCGGCAUUGGGGCUGCCCUCUCCACCUGCAUCCAGUCGCCCAACUGGUUCCUGAUUUGGAUUGGGUCUGACCAAGAACGCACCUUUGGCCCUACCGUGUCGGGGCUCAUCCACCGGCACAUUGAACCCGAGCGCAUGAUUCUCUGGGACAGCAAGAAGCGCGGCGGACGACCGGACACCAUGGAGCUGCUGAGAGACACGUGGAAGCGCUUUGGAGCCGAAGUCAUCUUCAUCACCAGCAACAAGCAGGGCAAUGACGAGAUGAUGCAGGGAUGCGCCCAGGAGGGCAUGCAUGCCUUUGGUACGCUAUGGGAUUUUUAA